AUGACAGAUGGGGCAAGCGCGGAAGGGAUAUUUCCAGUUGUUGUUGUGAAAGUUAAUGGUGUAAUGACUCGCGCACUUAUUGAUUCUGGCGCCGGCAGUUCCUAUGCGUCCGCGAAACUUGUCAACGCGUUAAACAUUAAACCCAGCGAAAUAAAGAGCCAGCGAAUAGACAUGUUGAUGACUUCGCAAACAAAGCGAAUAGAAGUUUUCGAUGUAGAAGUUAGUUCCUUGGACGGUUCGUGCAAAAUAAACGUGAGCUUGAACAAAGUUGGAAAGAGCGAGCUUCUGACAACUAGUAACCCCAAUUACGACCAACUCGUGAGACGAUAUAAACAUUUGAAUUCGGUCAAAAUGGACGAACGCGACACAAAGAGUGAGCUACCCAUUCACCUCGUGCUGGGAAACGGCGAGUAUGCUCGGAUAAAAACAAGGACCAAACCCCUGGUAGGAAAGGACGGUGAUCCCGUGGCGGAAUUUACAAGGUUUGGUUGGAUGAUCAUGAGUCCUGGAAUCGAGUUGGACCAGAAUACGAUGCUACUGACCACAACAUCUCAAAACGAUUUCGAGCGAUUGUGUCGGUUAGACGUCCUCGGUCUUGAAGAUCCCACCGAGGAAGGCUCUCAAGCGAUUUACGAUGAUUUUAAAGACGAGCUCACACGCGACAAAGAAGGCUGCACGAUAUAUAAACUGAUUUACAAGAUUGCCGUGCGAGAGUCUCGAGUGAAACGUCUCGAGAAAAGAGGAAUUUACAAAGAGUACAACGACAUUAUUCAAGAUCAGCUCGUGAAAGGUAUUGUCGAACCAGCACCUGCCACAGCAAAGGGUAAAGAGUUUUACAUUCCCCACAAGCCCGUCGUAAAGGAGACCGCAGAGACGACGAAACUUCGGGUCGUUUACGACGCGUCCGCCAAAGAAUCGGCAUCUGAUCCAUCCUUGAACGAAUGCUUGAACCCUGGCCCACCACUCCAGAACCACCUGUGGGAUAUUUUAGUUCGUCUACGUUUCCUCCCCAUCGUGCUGACCGCUGAUCUCGAGAAAGCCUUCCUGCAAGUCCGGAUACGCGAAAACCAACGAGAUUCCCUACGCUUCCAUUGGAAGGCACCAGAUAGUGACGACCUCACAGUCUAUCGGUUUACUAGGGCGCUGUUUGGGCUGACCUGUUCUCCCUUCCUUCUUGGAGGUGUCCUGAACGAACACCUAAAGAGUUGGGAGAAAAGAUAUCCGGCUCUGGUGGAAGAGAUAAAAGGCGGCCUGUAUGUCGAUGAUGUGAUGGAGGGAGGUGAUAAUGUUGAAGAGGUCAAAGAGAAAAAAGCGAAGACGGUUAGUAUUUUUGAGGAUGCCACUUUCCACCUGCAUAAAUGGCACUCAAACGCCUCUGAACUCGAGGAUACCGACCAGAGCGCCAAUGAAGGCAACGUGGGCAACCCGGAAACUACCUUCGCGAAACAGCAGCUGGGCACAAAGGGGACUGAGACAAAGAUGCUCGGUAUGGGUUGGAACAAAGCUCAAGACCGUUUAAGUGUUGUAGUAAACAAAGAACGAGACGCAGCAUCUACGAAAAGGGAGGCCCUGUGUGUGCAAAGUCCAGACUUGCGAAGAAGAGCCUCACGAUUCCCUGUUUAG